CCGGCGUGGUAAAUCCCUACUCAUUGAAAAAACAGCUCGAUUGGGGUCUGCCAAGUUGUUAUUGAGGUUUAUAUAGCGGCUCGGUGCUCCUCGUUUGUGACACCACCAUUUUCCCUCGUAGACCAGCUCCAGCAUUGCUUGCAAGAUGAGUUACAAGAUCUUCUUUUAUGAGGACAGAAACUUCCAGGGCCGCUCUUAUGAGUGCAGCAGCGACUGCCCCGACAUGCAUCCUCACUUCAGCCGCUGCAACUCUGUCAAAGUAGAGAGCGGCUGCUGGGUCCUGUACGAGAAGCCCAACUAUGGAGGCUACCAGUACAUCCUGACCCGCGGAGAGUAUCCCGACUACCAGCGCUGGAUGGGCUACAACGACACCAUCAGAUCCUGCAGGGCCUACUCCUACACCAGUGACGGCCCGUACCGCGUCCGCAUCUACGAGCGUCCCAACUUCCAGGGUCAGAUGAUGGAGUUCAGCGAUGACUGCGAGUCAGUCCAGGAUCACUUCCGCAGCCGUGACGUCUACUCCUGCAACGUCCUGGACGGCUACUGGGCUUUCUACGAGCACCCCAACUACCGUGGCCGCCAGUACUUCAUGAGACCCGGGGAGUACCGCAAGUUCAGUGACUGGGGCGCCUCCUGCGCCACCGUGGGGUCCUUCCGUAGAGUCACCGAUUUUUAGACCUGGAUCUCACCAGAUUUGACCUCAGUGUUGAAAUUGACGAAUAAUAAUAAAGUACUUCUGGCAUCAUAAAAUA